UUUUUCGCGAAUUUGAACGAUCUGAGAAUACAGUUUUACUCAGAAUUCGACGCUGAUUCCGAAUAUGUAUGACUCAUUGCGUAAUUUUUUGGGCACGAAACCUUACAUUCUGCCACUUGUCCUUUUAUAUUGUUUUAUUUUAUUUAUACAAGUUAUUUCAUUCCAUGGUGAGUAUCUGUAUAUUACGUUACACUUCGCAGGCUAUAUUCCCUAUUCGAAGAAUCACUAAAAAAUCGUAAUUAAUCGGCGAUUUUUUAUUGAAAGUCGCGAGUAAUCAUCCAAACUGAACCGAUGCCAAGCACAUGAAGGCCAUAAGCUUUUUUUUAUCGCGCAGCCUUAUUGUAGACUUGAUCCAGUGGUAAUCUUCGUAAUAUUUGAAUAUUUUAGCGUGCAGCUCCAAAAGAAGCUAUAAAACUUAUUAUCAUGGUAUUCAAUAAUGAUUCAAUAAAAGUUAGCCACGAUCUUUCUAAUGAUAUUGGACGUUUAUUAUCGUUGGAUCAACAACUGGAAUGUGGUAUAAAAUCGUGCAAUGUUAUUGAAUUAUCGCACUUAUUUUAUGAAUAUUAUGACAACGCAGAAGGAAAUCGAAAUAAAGACAAGAUAGCUGGUUUACGGUGGAUGAUGAAUCAGUGUUUUCACCUCGACAUGGACAAGACAUGGUCCGUAUGUGACUGGGCACAAUUUCCGUUAUCCACUGCUAAAUUAUCGUAUGCGUGCAAUGAUGUAACAUCGAUGAUGAAAAUAUAUCGUUUUUUAAAUCGGCAUUAUAUGAAUGAUAACAAUGGUUCAUCAUAUGAAGAAACAAUUACCGUAUCAAAUAAUACAUCAAAGUUUUCUUUCGUAGAAUGUGUCAUGCAGGCUAGACCUCAUGAAGAUAAAAUUAAUUUAAGAAGAAAUCACGAACAAGAAGAUCAUCUGAGGGUGAAAAGGGCUAAACAAGAAGAACCAAAAAUUAUUCGAAAAAGAUUUAUGGCACAACGACCACAUGUUGUUAAUGGUAAUAUUAUUAAAUGUAAACGGAUCUUGCCGCAAGAACAAUUUGAAAAAAACGUCCAACGUUAUCGGUUAUCGAACACUUUGUUAAUCCAAUUUUACGUUCAAGAUCCGUAUUUAGCGAAUCGUUUCCAAGAACAAAUUACAAUGAUCACCGGUGAAAUCUCCAAAUUAUGCCGCACAUAUGGUGAAUUACAAUACGAUUUAGAUGCCUAUAAUAAUGGCCAAAUAUUUUUAUUUUAUGGUGUUUUUGUUGAUUACGAUUCAGUUGAUAAAAUGAUAUUGGAUAAUUAUUACGAAAAGAUGACAUUAUAUGAUAUUCCACUAGAAAUAUCCAAGGUUUAUAAUUCUAUACCUGAUUCCUAG